AUACCCGACAGUGGGUGUGUUGUUGCCGUCUUGAGUCAAAGUAAGUCAGUGUUAGUUACAAGAGGAUGGAUUUCCACAACGUUCCCGCGUGUUGCUUAUCAAUGUCUGUGUACUUUCUGUGGAUUUCUAUCAGUAAAGGGGCUCCAGUCCUGACAAGUCUUCCUGACCCCCCGACAGACGGGGCGCUUAUAACCCUCACCUGCACAGAGGAUGGAGGGCUGGAUCCGGACCAGGUAGUUUGGUACAGAAAUGAUACAGAUAAGAAAGUUCGCCCAACGUCAAAGAACAUCAUCUUCAACGGCAUCGUUAAAGACCUCAACAUCAGCGUCAACAGCCAACAAUUCAGCCUUUCGUUUUUGUUCCGGAAUAGUCAGGAGAAGGAUGUUCCCUGGCGAUGUGUGCAUCAAGGUGUAUCAAGUAACACCAUCACCGUGAAGACGGCUGUUGCUACAGAGAAUUCUGCAACGGCAACCCCUCCCGACACAACUGACCUGUCCAACAUCUACACCCUGGCGGGCGUCGGAGCAGCUGUCAUCGUCGUCACCAUCAUCAUCGUCAUCAUCGCCGCCACCAGGGGCAGCAGAAGGGGUCCAGGAGAGAAGCGGAGAAGAAGAAGGGGAUCAAGCUUGGUCACCGCUUUCAGCGACAGACGAACUAUAGACAUGGUCAACAACGACAUGUACAGGACUUACCUAGGCCACAGUCAAAUACCAAAGCCACGGGUAUGGCAAGAUAAUUUUACAGAAGUGUACAGCCAGGUGAUCAAACCGAGGUACAACGACUACCAGUACAGCCUGGGAAGAAUGGGGCACUCACGGUUUUAAAAAAGAUGACUUUGCGCCCAGGGUGUUAAAAAAUAGAUGAGACCCGUGAAGAUCCGGGGAUAAAUAGGUUUUCAGCAACCCAUGCUUGCCGUUAAAGGUGACUAUUCUUGUCGUAAAAGGCGACUAAUGGGAUCGGGUGGUCAGGCUCGCUGACUUGGUUGA